AUGUAUAAAAGUAACGAACAUGAAACCUUGGAGAAAGAAGAACUUCAACUGCUUAGUAAAUCGGAAUUAAUAGAGAAAAUAAUAAAAUUGAAAGAGGAAAACAAGGAAUUAAAAUUAGUAGCUAGUAAAGGAAAUGAAAAGGCAAAGAAGAAAGAUACUGUGUGUACAUCACAAAAAUUAUUUGAUUUCUCAAAAUGCAAUAAAAGACAUAUACUUUUAAAAUUUUAUUAUCUUGGAUGGAAUUAUAAUGGUUUUGUUGUACAAGAAAGCAUUGAUAAUACAAUAGAACAGCAUUUAUUUGAAGCAUUAAUUAAAAGCUGUUGUAUAGAAUCACGUGAGACAUCAAAUUAUCAUAGAUGUGGAAGGACAGACAAAGGUGUUAGUUCAUUUUCACAAGUGAUUUCCUUAGAUAUAAGAAGUAAAUUAAAUCCAACGGAACAAUGUAAAUUAGAAAAUGAACUUCCAUAUUGUAAAAUAUUAAAUAGGCUGCUUCCUUCUAAUAUAAGAUGCAUUGCGUGGUGCCCAGUACCUAAUGAUUUUUCAGCAAGAUUUAAUUGUAAAUUUCGAACCUACAAGUACUUUUUUCCAAGAGGAAAUUUGAAUAUAGAUGCUAUGAAUAAAGCUAUUAAAUAUAUUAUAGGAGAUCAUGACUUUCGAAAUAUUUGUAAAAUGGAUGUUGCCAAUGGUGUUACUAAUUAUGAAAGAAAAGUUAUUAAUGCAGAAGUAUGUAUGUAUCGUGAAAAUUUUAGAAAAGUCUUAGAAUAUGAUAUAUGUCAAUUAAUUAUAUCAAGCCAAGCAUUUUUAUGGCAUCAAAUUCGUUGCUUAAUGGGCAUUUUGUUACUUAUUGGACAAGAAAAAGAAGAACCUGAAAUUAUUUUAGAACUUUUAGAUAUUGAAAAAUGUCCUAGGAAACCACAAUAUAAUCUUGCUCAUGAAGCACCAUUAAAUCUUUGGUAUUGUGAAUAUGAUGCUAAGGAGUGGUACAUUGAUAAAGAUGAAUUAAUAUACACAAUCAAACUUUUACAAAGAGAUUGGACUUUGAAUACAGUAAAAUCGGUCAUGAUUGAAAAUAUGUUAUCGGAUUUGGAGGCUUCAAUAGAUUGCAAAGAUAUGGCUUUCCAGAGUGAUUGCUUAUUACUUGGUGUACAAAGUAAAGUGUAUCAACGUUUAAUGAAGCGGCCCACUUGUGAGAGCUUGGAGAGCAAAAUAAAACAUUAUGAAAAUAAAAAGAAGAAGAAAGAGUAA